AUGCCUUUAAUCGAAGAGCUUCCAGUAACUGCGGCGAAUGCUCGUCCCUCUCAUGGCUGGACAUACGUUGCGGACACUGGCGCCCCUUUCCAAACUGCCCAUUUCGGAUCCCGCAAACGAGGCCGUGAUGGGACCACCGUUGUUGCGCAAGCUGCGCAUAAACUUUCCGCGAAACAAGAAAAAGCAAUCCAGCAGCGAUUAAAUGAUUUGGGAAAGGAAAAUUAUCGCGAAGUUAAUAUCCCAGUUCCCAAAAGAGAUGGGACGAGAGACAGAGAUCGAAAAUCCACACAGAAUGUCAGGAGGAUUCUCGCGUACAGCAGGACAUUCCAGCAUUACCUUGCGGAUGAAGAAGCGGGAGUCAAUGUGUACGGGAGCGCUGGAAUUGCUCCGACCACAAACGCCGGAACACAAGCAGGACAUGGACAGGGACAGGCGCAAAAGGCAGCGGAUACAAGGAGACGAGGGAUGACUGCUCACGACGCAAUCACAUCCAUACCUAGACUCAAGGGAGCCGGAGCACAGCCGAGAAGGACCGCAUCACUGAAACAGCCGACUGCGACCUCGAGCAAAUCUACAUGUACAUCCACACCCGAACCUAGCAAAAAUGAACAGGCACCUACAACGACGAGCAGCAACGGUGAUGUAGAAAUGGCAGACGCUCCUAUCUCUACGGCUCAUCAACAACAAUACCACCACCAACAAACGGGCUCACCAUCAACAUCUCAGAAGUCCCCCCGACUACAGAAACAACAACGACCAACACCCUCACAAUCACAAUCACUGCAAUCACCCUCAACUCCCUCUGUUCCCAGCUACGAUCCCGCACUGGACCGCGACCCUUUACUCAUUACGCACGACGUGCCGAAAAUGCCCUCUGAGCGCGUAAUGCAAGCGCUCCUCGCCGAGCCGCCGCUUAGCUACAAUGCAGCGCGCGCAAAGCCUCUUGAGGAUUCGACUUCCUCAUCCGCACCCAUAUAUGUGGGCAACAAUGCGGGCACCGCGAAACCCCAACGCUGGUUCUGCUGUAUUUGUGGGUAUUGGGGGAAAGUGCGGUGUAAGAACGGCUGUGGGGAAAGAGUGUGUGGGUUGCUGGAGUGUUGGAAGAGUCAUGAGGGCGUGUGUUCGUUGGGUGCAUACUGA